AUGCCAGACCAAUCGCGCCUAGCAAAAAGAACUCCACGGACGCUUGACACCUAUGUCCAGGCUGCAAUUGAUACAAACACAUCGUCAACUCCAUCGGCAGUGAAGAGGCCUCGCAGAAGACGGAAAAAGCGUCAGGAAGAGACAUCAAACCCGUUGCCACUGUAUCAACAAACCGCUGUCACGCAAACAGCACCCCCAGCUCCUGCAAAAAUCAAACGACGCAAACGCAAAACAAAAUUGAAAAACGCCAUUUUGCAAGACGGAAAAACCUUGCAGAGGUGCAAAUUUCUUGUUCGCGGUUUGGUAACAGCCGAAGACCUCGAAGAUGAGGAUGAAGCCGAGGAGGUUGAGGCCGAGGUUCGAGCAGAUUUUGAACGCUUUGGGCUGAAAGAAAUCGUCAUUGUCAAAAAAGCAAAAACUGGUUUUCUGGUGGGGGAUGUGACUGCCACGUUUCAAGACGCGGCAACCGCAGCGCUGGCUUUUGAUGCGUUUAACAACAAAGUGUUUGGUGGCAAAAUGGUGACGUGCGUUUGGAAAAUGCGAAGUGACGAAGAUAAUGUCGCUGUGGUGAUCAAUGGAAUGCUCACCCCCGAAGAGCUGGAGGAUCCGGACGAAGUGGCUGAUGUUGAGGAGGAAAUGAUGCAAAUCUUCACAAAAUAUGGAGAAGUGACUGAGUUGUGGUUGAAUGAGAUUGAUGGUGAAGUCACGGAGCGCGCGUAUGCUCAGAACAAAGCCGUCAAGCGAUCUCGACGCUUAGUGCUUGGAAUGCACGAAACUUGGAUGGAUGCGAAGCUGUAG